AUGGGUCGUCUUAUUAAGAACCAUUGGGCUCGGCUCAUUGUCAUGAGCGCGGCAGCUUACCAAUUUGCCGCUGCUCUCGAGGGCUUCUUCUGGCCCAAGAUCUUCUGGGACUUCUUGACUAAAACGCUGGACCCAGCUGUCAAGCCCGUGCCGGUGUUACAAAUUAUCAAUCUCAUCAUGGCACUAUUCAUGGUGGCCCUGGAGUGGCCUUUGGGAUUCAUCGCCGGCUCAGCAAUCCACCGCAGUCUCGAGUUCCGCCUCAUCAUCCUCCCUCUCACCACCCUCGCCGCCGCCCUCAUCUACCAGGGUACCAACUCUGCUCUUUACUACAUUGUCGGGUUGGUUGUUUACUUUUGGGCCUACAGCGAAGGAGAGAUUAUCUGCGCUAAGCCCUGGACCCUUCCUCAAAGAGGCCGCAAUGGCUCUCGCGUAUAG